AUGAACCAAAUGGCUUCAUCGCUCGGAAUCUCAAGACAAUCGGUUCAAUCCAUUGUGAAAAAGGACUUGGGUCUGAACAGUUAUCGGCUCCUUCGUGGCCAAUACCUCACAGAACAGUCCAAGAAGAAUCGGCUCGAAAAAGCGAAAAAGUUGCUCGACGCACUCAAGGUGCGCCGCCUCUCUGAAAUCAUUUGGACUGAUGAGAAAAUUUUUACGGUUGAGCCGCUUCCGAACCGACAGAAUGCUCGGUAA